AUGUUAGUCGAUGCACAGGUGAUCCAAGAUGAUCAUGAGCUGUACAGCAUCACCAAAGCCGCGUAUACGCGUCUGCCACGCGAGAUACGCGACAUGAUCUUAUCUAGCAUUCUCACGCAAGACUAUCGAGAAACAAUUUACGUCCAGCAGUUCCGCGAUGACUUCAAGGAAUUCAAGGAGUUCUCCGGCCGCUUUUAUGGGGAUAACGGAUUAGACUGGGAAGAGAACAGUUCACCUGAGCGUUGGGGGCCGCCCUGGAUUUCGCUCUUUUACCCGCCUUUCGCAGCGGAAAUGAUUGACAUACUCUACGAAAAGUACCCGCACUUCAAGAUCACCACGCCGACCAAGCUCCCAGAAUUUCUCAGCGCGGACAUGUUCGGAGCGGGACGUGCCCCACGCGAUGCGAAGCUUCCCAAUCUAACUAUCAAGGGAUCAUUGGAUAAGGGAAGCUCCGACUCUGUCAGCGUCAAAACACUCGCAUCCGAUCUGAAAGCCCUUUCGGACUGCCGCUGGGCCCCAGACUUCCGACUCGACAUCACCUUCCGCACCGAGCUAGGCAUCUCCAUCUUCAAAGCCAGCGCCCCACCAGGCGUCCGGGACAAGUUCACAGCUCGGUUCGGCCGGAAUACACGACGUAUGGAUGCUUAG